AUGCCAGUACCAGCAUCCGAACUGCCGAUACUCGAGGCAUUAGUCAAUAUUCGAGCUCGGUUGACAAAACUCAAGAAGGACAGAUCCGAAUACAUUCGUGCAUGUGAUGUGAUGCAAAUCUACGCCGCUGUUAUUAAACAAGUCAACAAGCUGAACGAAGUACGAGAUGAUUCUGCAAGCGAUCAAGCGGCAACCAGUGAACAAGAAGACCAAGAGCCCAAGUCAUCCUCCCAUGAAACCCAUCACACCAACAAUCGAGUAGACACAACACUCAAUGACGUCUUCCAACUCCUCAGUCUGUUCUUCCUAACCAUCGGAAAAAGCAGGGAAUCUCCCGCUGCCUAUUGCCAAUUGGCCACCAUGAAGCAAUUGUUAGAUCAUAUGGACGAGUCCGGGGUGUACACGGAGACCGAUCUCAAGCCAUUCCAAUCGCGAUUGGAUGAACUCAAGGUGAUCAUCAUUCGGGACGAAGAUAAGGAGAUUGCAGCUAAGAAAGAGGCCGAGGUUGAUGGAGUACCAGACGAAGAGUUACAUCCUGAAGGAUUGACGAAGCUGCUCCUUCGGAAAUGGGAAGAAUGCCAGAAGAUGCUCAAGUCAUUAGUGGCCUCGCUGUCAGUUUUGUCAGUCGAACUGGUACCGAUCCACCAACGGCUGAUUACCAUCCGACGGCAACUAGCGGCGAUGGCGGCGCGGAAGCCGACGACGGCCGAGUUGACGACAGUCCAGGAGGAGCUCAGGAAGAUCGAUUCGAAGCGGAUCGAUGGCAAGUUCUUGGGUCCCGGUGGCUCCUCCGUCCCUGAAGGUCAGGCCAUCCUCACCGGGCUACUCGAAGAAAACUUCGAGAUUUGUCAGGAGAUCGGCGCCCGAAAGGAGGACGUCUCGCCUACUCUUCAGCCCAUCUAUGAACGUCUCUGCGAUCUUAAGGCCGCUUUGGAACGACUCACUUUGACUCAUCGUUGGACGUUGAGAGAAACCGAUUUGUAUAACUUUCAAGUCUCUCUUCAAGAGUUGGAUGCGAUGAGGGUCGAUGGAAAAUUCGUUGAUGCUGAAGGAAAUAAACCAGAAGGGCAAUUGGUGUUACACUAUUUGUUGCGAAGGUGUUACGGGCUGAUUUACCGACUGAUGUCGUCGUCGGAGCCAAUCUCAGAGGAAUUGAUGCCGAUAGCGAACAAGCUAUCGACGCUGAAGAAGUGUCUCAACGAGGUUUUGAAGUACGGAGGUGAUGGUCUCUCGCCGCGCGAUUUAUAUCCCUACCAGCUCGCCUUGGCUCAGAUCGAUAACCUCAGAAACGACGGCAAGUUCAAGGGAAAGGACGGGACGAUCCCGGAAGGACAGGCUAUCCUCAAUGCUAACCUUGGCGAAUGUCAUGAAUUGUUAAACACCUUGAGAGAAUCGAUGGAACGCGGAUAG